AUGCAGAGCUUUGUUUGUCCACUACUAGUAGCUCUGCUACUGGGAGCCCGAUCAGCAAAGGCUGUUCCCACCCAGGAAACAACACAAGCUUGCGCCGACAUCACAGACGCCCUGCCCGGCAAAGUCCUCACGCCUGCUCUCCUUGGCCUCGAGUAUGCGAAUGAAACCCAGAAAUACUGGUCCACCGCUCUCCGCGAAGUCGAUCCAGCAUGCAUCGUUCGACCCGUUUGUGCCGAGGAUGUAGCCACUGUCGUUAAGAGCCUGAACAAGUACCCAACCGUUCAGUUUGCCGUAAAAAGUGGUGGGCAUGACCCCAAUGUCGGCCAUGCUUCUGUCCAAGAUGGUGUUCUCAUUGUGAUGACCGACUUGGCUGGAGCAACCUACGACGCGGCGGAGGAAGUGGCUCAUGUGAAGCCAGGAGGGGAAUGGAACGAUGUUAUUAGAGACCUAGAACCAAGUGGAGUGACUAUUGCUGGUGGACGAUUAGGAGUCGUGGGAGUUGGCGGAUACCUUGUGCAGGGAGGCAUUUCGUUUCUUAGUGCUCAAGUAGGCCUCGCUGCCGAUACUAACAAAAAGCAGAACAUCAUCGGAUGGGAGACGGUCAUGGCCAAUGGAUCAAUCGUCAAUGUCAAUGCCACAACACAGCCUGACAUCGCCCAGGCAAUGCGUGGUAGUGGCAGCCAAUUCGGGAUCGUAACGAAGUAUACCGUUCAAACUCACGCCAUUGGUGACGUUUGGGGCGGCUUCUGUAUCUACGACGCAAGCCAAGAAGACAAGCUAUAUGCUGCAUUACAUACUUUCGUGGCUGAUGGCGCUCAAGACCCCAAAGCUGCCAUCAUCUUCACGAACCUAAUUGCAACCGGUGGAGCGAAGACAGACGUCGUCUACUACUUCUACGAUGGGCCAACACCGCCUACGUCCGGCCCUUUUGCAAACUUCCUCACCAUCCCGGCACUUCAAUGCCUGCCCAGGACGCAGAAAUACUCUGAACUAUUGAGAGCAAACGGCGAGCCAAUCCACCUCUCAAACGCGAGACAAUCUUUCCGAACCUACACGCUACCUUACAUCGCCACCCGCCCACAACUCUACGCCGAAAUUCGCGACAAGUUCAUUCAAAUCUCAGUACCAUUCCUCACCGCCGAGCGCCCUACUAGCCAGUACUCAGUCGACUUCCAACCGCUCCCCUCGGUUAUCGGCCGCAUCUCCCAGUCCAAAGGCGGCAAUGCCAUGGGUCUGACUGUAUCCGAUCCAGACCGUGUGAUCCUCGAGGUCCAGGGCUCGUGGGCAUUGGCGAGCGACGACACUGUCGGACAUAGUCUUAGCAAGCAGUUGAUUGAGUGGCUAGAUGUGCAGGUUCCGUUGUGGUUGGACGAGGCAGGUUUGAGUCGGGAUGUCUAUUUGCCUUUUUUUAUGAAUGAUGCAGCGGGCGAUCAGGAGGUGACCAAGAGUUAUCGAGAUUACGAGAAAUUCAAGGCGCUGCAGAAGAGUGUGGAUCCCAAUGGCUUGUUUAGUGUUAGGGCGGGUGGGUUCAAGUACUAGCAUGACUUGAACCUGUGUCAAGAAGAAAGGUGGUAUAUGGUUGAAUGGUAAUAUUAAUCAACAUCAACGAGAUGGGAUAAUUCACGCUAGCACGCCAUGCCUGAUUGUCCUAUACCGACAAGGAUGCGUACUCGUCGCAAGUCUCUAUCAGUUUCUUUUUCGUCCCCGGUUCCGUAGCAGCAUGACCAGCAUCAGGAAUAAAAUGCAAUUU